AUGAAAAAAAAGUUGCUGGUAGAAAUUGAAAAUAUUUCACAAAACCUCGCCGUUGUGCGUCCAAUAAAUUCCUGGAGGCGGUUCAGGCAAAUGCUUUACGAUACAGAGGAAACAAAUUACAAACCUGACAUUCGUAGACACCCGAGUCACGCUGUUGAGGAUACAAAACCUGUUGAUGAGAUUUAG